GAGUCUUGGCACAGCAAUAUAUGCAAUGGAGAACUCUGUUUGUGGUUGUCUGUUAGCAUGUGAAAAAUGAUUUCGAUAGGUGAAGCCUGAAGCAGAGGCGUAUAGAGUUGGAAUUCAGACUUUCUGUCAUCAGGCUCGUGAAGGUUCGUUUUGCCAGCUGCACAAUCCUACCUAUGACUUGGCGUGAGUUUCUGACAAAGAUAUCACUGCCAACAACCGUCCUCGCAAGCAACAAUGACUCUCGAGAUUGCCGGUAAAGUACAGAAACGUUUCGUACAAGAUGCCGUAAUUCUCCACAAGCUUGACCCUGUAAGGGGCAGCCCGACAACAUACGGCCUCGACCGUCAUCCUCACGAUGCGGAUGGGUCUCGAGAAGUGCUUCUCAAAAGAAAAUUUCUCGAUUCUAUUGCACUCCUCGCUUCAACGCAUAAAAAUGCAGACCGAGUGUCGGCUGCGACGCUUGAGAUAGGAGCACCGGAAGGCACAGUCGUCCGCAUUGCUAGCAAUGCUGGAGUGUGUGACACAACCUUGGUACUUCUUCGGGACUUAAUAUCAGAUCUUCACGACGUGUCAAAUAGGGGCCUCACAACUGAACGGAGAAUUGAUGUUUUGAUAAAGAUUAUUCGUAUUGAUGUGGAGAAGAUUCGCUACUAUUUUGAGAAGCUCCAUAGAGUGCAGUCAGAGGUUCCCGAUAUCAUGAACACCUUAUUGCUGCUUUCUUCUGAGUCUGCUUUUGCCGACGUUCAACAAUUUUCGGUGUGGAUGGAAAACCUCAGUGCGGUCACGGCCAUUCCGACAGGCGCGUCUGCCGUGCAGCUAUUGCCCCAUAUUCUUUGGGCAGAAAAGGCAAAAUGGGAGUACUCAACAUAUAUUGAAGCGAUGUUCUCGGCCCAAGGCAGUCAGUUACCCUGGUGGAUAUACCAUAUUUACAAGUUGGGAAGAUACGCAGUCGCCUCGAGGGCGCUGUGCCAACUACCGGCGGAAUACCCCGGACUUUUCUGUCCUAUGCGGAUAGAACCUAUUCACUCCCCCCCGAGGCUCGACUUUUCGAUUCCACCACACGAACGACCUCUGAGUGAGGUUCUUCGCAGGAUUGUUGGAGACCGAGAAGAUGAAUUCGCGACUAGGCUGGCUUCAGUCUGGGGCGCUACGAACCCUGAGUCAUACUUCCGUAAGGCCUCUCAUCUCCGCCUCGCUGUUCAUGCCGAAAUGCAGCUUGUUGGUUUCUACGAUCAGCACCCUGAGCUCUUACCUUCAUUCCGGUUUAUCGGGGUUAGUAAGAAAAGCUGCUUCUUGUGCCAGAAGUUCCUCCAUAUUCACCCGGCCUCCUUCUCUGUGUCUUCCUCCCACCAAAAGUUGUACUUGGCGUGGAGAUCGCCACCCGCGUCAAACUCAAAAUUACACAAGACAUACAAAUCGAUUAUCACGAACCUGUGUUCUUCAAUGGAGACGAUGGCCAGACAAGAGUUGCAAUAUCGAAUCGGCAGCGCCAGGAAUAUCCAGCUUGACUCUACUGCCGGGGUAUCCAUAUCGGGUCUCGUUGAUUACAGACCUGUCAGUCCUCUAGACACGGCUAUCGACCAACACGCUUCCUCCUCUCCAGGGUCGACCAUCGACAAUGAAACCCCGGCAGGAGCGCCUCUGAGAACAGAUGAUGAUCUGUCAGCUACAGCUCGUGGGAGAGCGUUUUCAACGUCCAGUUCGCCAGAUUGCAACGGUCAUCAACCCACUGGAUUUGUCUUCAAUAUUGUACGCGCUGACGACAGUCAGAGACGAGAUGUUGUGUCUUCUGAUGACAUUCUUAAUUCGUCGCAGGAGCCGUCAUGGCAGAUGCUGGUUGAUCUACUGAGUUCCGACGACCAAUUCAGCGUACGAUUCAAUAAGGAAAGAGAGUUUUUCGUGGUCAAUGAUGCCCUCUGGGUCAGGAACGAGCGCCAGUUCCACGCUUGUCUGCAAUUUUUACGCAACUCUUCGUGUUGCAAUGCGGAAGUUCAGGUUCGAACGUAUGCCUCGAUCAGUUCGGAUGUCAAGUAGUCCAUAAAUUCAUGUCCAUUUUCGGAUAUCAGCCCUUUGAGACCUAUGCCUACGUUGAUGAGUCGCGAGUGCAAUAAUCAGAACAAUGCGGGAGACCUUACUUCGUGCAUGAUCCUUGCGACGCUGCUAACCUGGU